GCCGAGGAGCUGGCGCAGCGGCUGCGGGCGGCGCUGCGGGAGGAGGAGCCGCGGUGCGGGCGGGCGAGUGGGGCAGGCGCGGGGCGCGGUCUGAGGGCGCGGUCCGGGCUCAGACGGUGGGUCCCCGGAUCUCCGCAGGGCCGUGGAGCAGCUGCUGCGCCUGGGCGCGGACCCUAACCUGGUACUGGCGGACGGCGCGGCGGCCAUGCACUUGGCGGCCCGAGCCUGCCACCCUCGCGGGCUGCGCUGCCUGGACGCGCUGCUGCGGCGCGGCGGGGACCCCAACGCACGGUCGGACGAGGCCCUGACGCCGCUGCAUGUGGCGGCCGCCUGGGGCUGCCGCCCGGGCUUGGAGCUGCUGCUGAGUUGGGGAGCGGACCCCCAGCUGCUUGACCAGGACGGACUCCGCGCUGGGGACCUGGCGAAGCAGCAGGGCCACCACGACUGUGUCCAUGUCCUGCGAGAAUUCGCUCCGCACACUUGCACCCUGAGCCGGACCCGGGACCCGGACCGGGACCCUGCUGAGCCCCAGGAGGGCGGUGAGUGGGCCCCCAGCGGCACCACCUCUGGUCCAGUUCUGCUUGUUCAGACCCGGACACUGUCCCGCGGGGAUCACCCUCCUGAGUGCCACCCAAUUCUUCCCAUCCGGCCCCGAAGUCUCCCUGAUCCCCUCUGCUCCAUCUGCCCAGAUCCCCAGGGGAUGGGACCGGCCUCCAGCCGCAGCAGGACCCUAGACAGGAGAGCUGCGGACAAAGGCGGAGGCAAGAAUGCAGGCCCUGGUCCUGGUCGGGGCCUCCCCUGCUGUCUAGCCGACCCUCAGGCUGUUCCCGACACCAGCUCCAAUGCCUCCUUCGUCACGGCAGCCGAGGACCCUGCCCCAGGACCCUCUCUCCCUGCCCGACCUGCGACCCCCGCCAAGCAGGGGCCCCUGAGUUGGGAGGGGCCCGAGCUGGGGCUUGGCGGGCAUGCAGGGACCCCUGAGGUGGAGCUCUGUGCUGGUCUGCAGGCGCUGGCCCUGGCCUCCCCUACCACCGAGUCCUGCCUGGACAGAGCACUGGCCACCUCCUGGCAGGUAGGGGAGAAGGCCAGUGCUGGGGAGCCGUGCCACAGGUGCUCCCCGGGCGUCCCCCAGUCGGACCUGGAGCUCCUGCAGGGACUGCGGGCGCUGGGGGCUAGCCCUGGCCCGGUCACGCCCUUCACCCGGCCACACUACCUUCGGCGCCUGCGUGAAGCCCGAACUGCCUGUGGCUCCAACUUCUCAGGGCACAGCCCGGAGCUGGCGGAGGCCCUGCGGACUGGCCAGAUCCCGGACGCCCAGGAAGACGAGGACGCUCUGGCGCGGCAGUUUGAGCGGCCGGAUCCCAGCAGGCGUUGGCGGGAGGGCGUGGCCAAGGGCAGCUUUACUUACCUGCUGCUGGACCCCAGGGAGACGCAGGACCUACUGUCCCGGGCCUCGCCCCUGUCCCUGGUGGACCGCCUCAGGACCUUUGUCCGGGCCAUCUUCUACGUGGGUAAAGGGAGCCGGGCCCGGCCCGAUGCCCACCUGUGGGAGGCUCUGGGCCACCACCGGUGCCCCGUGAAACAGCACCCUCAGGCCUCCCCGAAGGUCCUACGGAUCCUGGACAUAUGGGCGAGUGGGCGCGGUGUGGUCUCACUGCUCUGCUUCCAGCAUGCCGUGGCCGCCGAGGCAUACACCCGCGAAGCCUGUCUGGUGGCAGCUCUAGGGAUCGGGAUGCUGACAAACCAGAAACAAGGACACUUCUACGGGGUGGCGGCCAACUGGCCCCACGCCCAGCGCUGCAGGCUGGGCGUGCACCUGCUGCACCGGGCCCUCCUCAUCUUUCUGGCUGAGGGCCAACGAGAGCUGCGUCCCGAGGACAUCCAUGAGCGUGGCUGAGUGCGCUGAGGCAGCGGGUCUCCAGCCGCCCUGAGCCGGAGGAAAGCCAGCUCUGCAGUAGACGGCCUGCUGUGAUGCGGAGGGAAGCAGGGAGGGCCUGGUUACGGCCGAGGGAGGAUACUCGGAUCCUGGUGCUGUGCAUGCCCUGGGAGCGGACAUGGAGUUUGCCUUCGUCUCCCUGGAGGUCCACACAGCCAGUGGCAGGUGGGGGUGUGGGUGGAAUCCACCAAGCUCAGAGGUGUGGGUGCUUUAGUUGGGGGCCAUAUAAAAUGGGGUGCCCUGCAUCAAGUGGGGUGUCCCCACUGGCAAAACUUGUGUUGCAGCCAUUGACCGGGAACUCAGUGGGUCUGAACCUGUUCCAGGGAGCAAGUCUGUGAGAUUCUGCUUGCCAGGGCAGCCCAGGCCCAGUGGGGAGAUCUGCAGGACAGCAUGGUGACAGGGUGGGGGGAUGGCUGGCCCCACCUGGGCUCAUGGCUAUGUCCUUGAAGUCAUCUCUUCCCCCCACCCCAGCCCAGUUACACUGGGGCCAGGAACCUCGACUACCCCCACAUGCAGCAUCCUUUGGUCUAUCCCUAGCACAGCACCAGGGCCAGGGGUGACACUGGACCUUACGAGGUCAUAGACACAAGUGGUUCUCUGACAGAGCCCUACACACCACCUCGUUGGGUGCAAGGCCUGCCUGUCAUGGUGGUGCAACCAGCCAGACCCUGCAGGAAGUGGGCUGUGGGCCUCAGCUUGCAUGAACUCUGAGACUCUGCAGAGCCCCUGGCACCUGGAAAAAAUGAUCACCUAAAAGAUGAGCUUUCUUUUCUUUGCUUUUUGGAUCACACCCAGUGAUGCACAGGGGUUACUCCUGGCUCUGCACUCAGGAAUUACCCCUGGCGGUACUCGGGGGACCAUAUGGGAUGCAGGGAAUUGAACCUGGGUUGGCCGCGUGCAAGGCAAACUCCCUACCUCCGUGCUAUCGCUCCAGCCCCAAGAUGAACUUUCUUCAACAGUUUCUCAGUCCAGUCUCUCCUGGUCCUGAGCAUGGGGGGCACUGCACCCCCACACUCUUUCUACCAGGCUCUCUUCCCGCCACCCUCUCCCCAGCUGUGUUCAUCAAAAAUGUCUUCAGGAUUCCCAAAGGAGGAAACCCCAAGAGGUGACCCCUGCCUCAAACAAGGCAGUUCUCUUCUCCAUCUACAGCUGCAAACAAAGGGGCUCAGGAGGAAAUGACCUGCACUGGGGCAGGAAGUGGGUGGGGAGCUGGCUCACAGGGCAAUGCUGGAUGUGCCCCACCCCCUAAAAAAAUACCCUGACUUAGGAAAAAAGAUCGUGAUAAUCAAACAGUGUGGUCCUGGGCGACGGU